GCCGUGAGUAAGUCGGAGGAAGGAGGAUCGAGAGGGAGGAGGCUUCAUUUGCAGCCGUGCUGAAUCACUGUUGCUGAUCAGAUCUCCUGCUGGUUGGCUGGGAGAACCCAGAACAGAGCUAGGAUCCUCCAGUGCAUGCACAGCUCAGCGGCUGCCGCCCCGGUAGGGCCUCACACAAUGGACGGUGAAAGCAUCAAGCCGAGCUCCCAGCCCCCAGUACAGGCUGGGGAUGACGAAAAGAACCAGAGGACGAUCACUGUCAACCCUGCCCACAUGGGGAAGGCGUUCAAGGUUAUGAAUGAACUGCGGAGCAAACAGCUAUUGUGUGACGUGAUGAUUGUGGCAGAAGAUGUCGAGAUAGAAGCCCACCGUGUGGUCCUGGCAGCCUGCAGCCCCUACUUCUGUGCAAUGUUCACAGGUGACAUGUCUGAGAGUAAAGCCAAGAAGAUAGAGAUCAAGGAUGUGGAUGGGCAGACCCUGAGUAAGCUGAUUGACUACAUCUAUACAGCCGAGAUUGAGGUGACAGAAGAGAAUGUCCAGGUGCUGCUCCCAGCAGCCAGCUUGCUGCAGCUCAUGGAUGUUCGCCAGAACUGCUGUGACUUCCUGCAGUCUCAGUUGCAUCCCACCAAUUGCCUGGGCAUCCGUGCAUUUGCAGACGUGCACACCUGUACUGACCUCCUGCAGCAGGCCAACGCUUAUGCAGAGCAGCACUUCCCAGAGGUGAUGCUGGGGGAAGAAUUUCUUAGCCUAAGUCUGGACCAGGUGUGCAGCUUGAUAUCCAGUGACAAGCUGACCGUUUCUUCAGAAGAGAAGGUAUUUGAAGCUGUGAUUUCAUGGAUCAAUUAUGAGAAAGAAACCCGUUUAGAGCACAUGGCAAAGCUGAUGGAACAUGUUCGUCUCCCUCUCUUACCGAGGGAUUACCUCGUCCAGACAGUUGAAGAAGAAGCUUUGAUAAAGAAUAACAACACCUGUAAGGACUUCCUCAUCGAGGCCAUGAAAUACCAUCUGCUCCCUCUGGAUCAGAGGCGCUUGAUUAAAAACCCAAGGACCAAACCUAGGACUCCAGUCAGCCUGCCCAAGGUCAUGAUCGUGGUUGGUGGCCAGGCACCCAAGGCCAUCCGCAGUGUGGAGUGCUAUGAUUUUGAGGAGGACCGGUGGGACCAGAUUGCUGAGCUUCCCUCCAGGAGAUGCAGAGCAGGUGUGGUGUUCAUGGCUGGCCAUGUGUAUGCCGUGGGUGGGUUCAAUGGCUCACUGCGCGUGCGGACAGUGGACGUGUAUGACGGGGUGAAGGACCAGUGGACAUCUAUCGCCAGCAUGCAGGAGCGCCGUAGCACACUGGGCGCGGCUGUGCUCAAUGACCUGCUCUACGCUGUGGGGGGCUUUGAUGGCAGUACUGGCCUGGCGUCGGUGGAAGCCUACAGCUACAAGACCAAUGAGUGGUUCUUCGUGGCUCCAAUGAACACGCGGCGCAGCAGUGUGGGUGUGGGUGUCGUGGAGGGGAAGCUGUAUGCCGUUGGGGGUUAUGACGGGGCUUCCCGCCAGUGCCUGAGCACUGUGGAGCAGUACAACCCAGCGACAAAUGAGUGGACAUACGUGGCGGACAUGAGCACUCGCCGCAGUGGCGCAGGGGUUGGGGUCCUCAGCGGGCAGCUGUACGCCACAGGUGGGCAUGAUGGGCCCUUGGUGAGGAAGAGUGUCGAGGUUUACGAUCCUGGAACAAACACGUGGAAGCAGGUGGCAGACAUGAACAUGUGCCGGCGCAAUGCAGGGGUCUGUGCAGUGAACGGGCUCCUGUACGUGGUUGGAGGGGAUGAUGGAUCCUGUAACUUGGCUUCGGUGGAGCACUACAAUCCUGUCACUGACAAGUGGACUCUGCUGCCAACCAACAUGAGCACAGGGCGGAGCUACGCAGGUGUUGCUGUGAUUCACAAGCCCUUGUGACCCCAACUCCCACUGCCAGGAGGUAGAGGAAGGGAGGGCUGCUGCCGGUGACUCAGCACAGCGGGACCAUGCUGGCUGGAUGUCACUCGCUGCUGGAGUCUGCAGUGGAGCAGGAAGCGCCCUCCUCCAGCUUGGCAGUAUCAUCCCGGCGGGAAGACAGUGACCCACCUCCUGCUCCCACGAGGUGUUUCGUCCUCUGCCCUGAGCAGUGGAUUCCUGACAGCUCCGGCUGCACCUUUGAGCAUUUUUUUUGUGUGUUUCUACAGGGACAUCAGAGAACCUGGAAUGCACGCGUGUGUGUGUGUGUGUGUGCGCGCGCGCACACGCGUGCGAGCAGAACAUGGUAUUUCACUACAUUGGGGGGUGGUGAUGGUCUGCUCUGCUUCUAUACUACUGAUCCGUCCACUAUGCUAAAAAUCAAAUCACAGAAACCUCUCUUCUGGAUGUCCCCCUGUGGGAACCUUGAGACUCCUAAAGCUGCUGUCUACUGGAAGUGCAGCUGGACAUACUGGGAAUGUCCAGAAAUGACCAGGCCCAUGUACUGGCCUGGACGGCUGGCACUGUCUGCAGAAGAGCGGGGUGUUCUCAGAGCUGCCCUGUGUCCUCUGUGUGCUAGAACUAGGACCGUGGCUUCUAGCGCCUCUGCUGGGUGCUCUUCCUCGGGCUCUCCUCCUGGAACUUCUCAUCAGAACCGCUCAGUCCCAGGCUGCUGACCUUUGAGGUCAAGGAUUCCAGGUUUGCGAGAUUUGUGUCUCUGCAGCUGGGAAAACUAGCUCUUCAGAGAAGCACUGACUAACACACUGGAGAAAAAAAUACAUGAAAAACAAACGAACAAGAAAACAAAGUGGUAAGGCUUCAGUCCUUGCCCAUAGUGGUCCCAGAGAGGAUCCUACUUCUGGGUUUUCCCGGGAUAGGACAGUCCCUGUUUAUGCUUAUUAAUAAGGUUUAAUUAUUCAGAGCAUCCUGUUUUACUCUCAAAAGUGUUCUGGCUUGGAAGCUAAGUAGAAGGUCACCCUACCUCCAAACCCAGAUAGGUUUGUCUCUGCACUGGAUGGGGUCACGUGUGAUUUCCAUGGACAUGGAUGACUUCAAAGGAGUGUAUGCUUGGCACUCUGGGCCUGGCCAUCGGCAGUCUGUGACAAAGAUCCAGUCUGUCUCACAUCCUUGUCUUCCUUUCCUUGUGUCCUCCCCCUUUCCAGGCCUGUACCCUCUCUCCAAUCCUCAGAACAUCUCCCUCCUUGCUUCCCCCGUGAGGGAAGACAUGGUGGUAGGCCCUAAAUGUGUGAGCCUUGCAUUUUGAGUACUUGCAUUUUGAGAGAGGAGCUUGAUGAAAGCUUUGCUAAUUCACAGGUAAAAGUGCUUAAUGAGAGAACUUUAGGCAUCUGGAGUGGGGUAUUUGAGGGCGCAGGGAGUCAUUUGCAUUUAAAAAAAGAACCUUAAAGCUGUACUGUUCCUGAACUAGCAAGUUGCUUAUAUUGGAACUUCCAGCAUAAGGAGGGGAGGUCUUAUGUCUGGAGAAGAGUCUCACAACUUGGUGGCCAGGAUUUACCCUCCCUGAUGUCAAGGCCCACCUUUAGGGAGCCAAGGGGCUUUAUGAACUCUGAUGUUGGACUUCUCAUACAACUGGGUGACUUCCAAGCAGAUUUUGCAGAAGACUGUCAUUCUCCCUACUUCACCCUGAAGUUAGAAACCCAGGACCCUCCCCAACGAGUUGGCCACUUUGUGUAUUUACUGUGUAUUUAUUGUGCACAAACUAUUCAACUCUCCUGAAGGGGAAACAUCUCCUGAUGUUGAGCAGAUGUUAUUUCAGCGAGACAUUUGGAGAACACCAAGGCACCCAGAAUUUUUAGUAGCCUUGGGGAAGAGGCUGAAAUAUCCAUCUUUGGUGGACCUGGAAGAACAGCUCCAAAGGCAUCAAGACAUGCUGUUAGCUGAGCGUUCCGCUCUUGCCUGUCAUGGAGGUGACUCUGGUUUCAGAGCUCUGCCUGGCUCUGGAUCAGAAGCUGAUGGAAUGAGCUUUCUGUUCCAAAUGUUCUUCCUCCCUCUCUGAGGAAGGUUUGGGACUUGGUUUCGGGAUGUGUGUGUGUGUGUGCGUGCGCGUGUGUGUGUGUGUGUGUUGGGGAUGAGGUUGGGGGUUAGGGUCUGAUGUGUGCCGUCACAUAGCUCCUGAUUUCAGAUGAAAGAUGAAGUCCCCCUUCCCUCCCCCAACACCUAGAAGCUGAACUUUCAUGCUUAUCAUGCUUAUGUAGGGGAGGCUAUUGUUCGUGUGUCGUUUUCCCAGAAAGGGUUCCCUUCCUGAGAGCUAGCCAGCUGUGUUUUCUGCUUUCAGAUUUUUGCUAUUGGCCCCACCUCACGUCUCCCUUCCCAGGAAGCGCUGCCCUUGCGGUAGUGCUGCUGAGGCCAUGUUCAUUUCAACCUCAUGCAUCCUUUCUCACGGGGACUAGAACACUGGUACGUCAUCACCAAAAAGCCAGUCUGCUCUAGCUGCCCACAGAUGCCAUCCAAAACCAGCUGUCCCUUUAUCACCAGGUACGAUUUUCUUUCCAGAGUGGGCACAAUAGACUUAUUUUCAAGUCUGCGCUGGUCAUGUGAUAGGUGAACUCCUCUGUACCCCCAAUUCUGGUGGCCACAACUGCUUGUGAAUGCAGCUUUGCCCACGGUGUUUCUGAAGUCUGAUCACAGUGAUGAAAUGGAAUUGCAGCCCAAGGUUAGAAGCAGCUUAGACGCCACUUGGAUACUGAUUUGGACAACAGAGAAGUCAAACUCUGAAUUCCAAAGUUCUUUCUCAUAAGUACCCAAUGGCAUCUCUCCAUCUAAAAAGUUGCAGUAUUAUGCAAAUGAAAGUGACCUCAUUUUCUGCUAUGCAAUAAGAAUACUUAAUUCUAUUUCAUGACAGACCAGUUGCAAUAUCCCCUAAGAUGCUUUUUUGAGCUGUCUUACUUUGAUAUGUUAUGUAAUGUUUAUAUAUUCCUGAGCCAGAUCCUUUCAAAGAUUGCCUUUUUAUAAAACUGAAGCCGUAGCUUUCAGGCUAAAAUUUUAAUGUAGAUUUUUUAUAAAAUAAUUUUUCAUGAUAUUUGAAUUGCUUUUUAUUGUCCACGAUAAUGAAAUGUUAUGUUCUGUGCGCCAUUCACUGUCAAAUAUUGUUCAUGCCUGUAGCUAUCUUCCCUUUGUUUUUCACCCUCCCCAAACUGAUUUUUCAGUAGCUCCAGGUUGACUUGGAAGCUUCUUUCUUAACACCACGUUCAAGGGAGAUUGCUGAAAAACACAAUCACAUCUAUGUUGCCUGUCUGCUUUUUUUGGAGUCUGUUUUUAGCAGAGGUGAGGCAGGGGUGAGUCUGUUUGGCCCAUCUCCUGGCAUCUCUUGCAGCCUGGCUCAGAGCCUGGCCCGCUCUGGCAUGGAGAAGCCCAGGGAAAGGCCUACCCUUCAGCACAUACUCCCAGGAGUUUCCCAGGUCUCGCUGACUAGUCUUCAUUCUUUUCUGUCUCCUUGUUCUUUGGAGCUUCAGGCUUAAGGCUUUUGCUGCUGGAUGAUGUCUCUUUUGGAAGCAUCUCAUCAAUGAACUUUGAAAGAGGGGUCACUCCUCAUGAUCCCCACUAAGAAUAUGAUCAGCUUGUGCUUUGCAGAUGUCCAUAUUACACUUACCGCUUACUUGUUUCUUGAGCUGUGUCUACACUCCAGGCUCUAUUUUGUGUAUUUGUAUGUGUGUAUGUGUGUGUUGCCAAUUAGUCUCAUUUAAAAAAAUCUUUAUUUUUAUUAUUACUGGGAUAGGUGCCAUUUGAAUUGCCUCCACGCUCCCCAUUUGUACCUCGACAGACUAAAUUGGGAAGUUGAACAAACUCAUAAUCCAGUUAGCUGGAGGUUUUCUGUUUGCCCAGAGAAGCGAGGAGGUUGGAAUGUAUUUUUUUUUUAAGUGUUUGCACUAUUUAGAGUCCUGAGCCCCUCGUGUUCAGCUAUGCUGUGUAUCUACUGACCAAGCAGGAGAGCUGGCAGCACUUCGGAUGUUUGGGAGUGUCAGAGGCCUCUUCCAUAGCGGAUGGUCACAACCUCAGAGCCCCUGUACAGCCACUGUCGUGGGGCUCAGUGACUUGUAGAUACAGCAUGUGCCAAGGCAGUAAUGCAUGGGAUGGUGGCAUUUGGAGCAGCAGAAUGCCCUAGUGCUGUGUUCUUGCCUUUGGUUAUGAGAUUUCACAUUAUUUCCCCCCAUUUUCAGUGGCAAUAAGGACCCUUGUUAGACUUCUUAUUUAAUUUGUAUAUGAUGUAUAAAACACUUUCUUUAAAAGAAAAUUCAAGACACUGAAUGUGUAUGUCUGUGUGGGUGCCGUGUCCGUGUGGUUGUCCAUAGGCAGGCUGACUUGAUCCCUGACACCCUGUACACCACACUGCGUAAGUCAGGUCCUUGAUAUGGUGUUCUCUGCUUGGAUGGUAGGGACCACAGAGCUUGUAAAAGAACACUUGUCACAUGCUCCAUCAGUUACAGUGCUAGAUGAAGAAACAGUUCCUCACAUGUAUUCUUUUAAUAGGAAUCGUGUUCCAGUUUCCCAUACUUUAUGUUCCUUUAAUUUUAAUAAAAGCUAAA